GCUGGUCGUACGGCCGUUCAGUGUAGUUGCUACGACAGAGCAGGUACCAUGUGAGAAGUUUGUCUCAGAUUUAUCUGAAUUUAUUGAAGAAUUAGAGAAUUUUUAACUUUCAGAGGAAUCAUGCACGAGAGGUCGCUCCCAGCCUCUCCUAACUGGUACUGCUCGCGCUGCAGUGACGUCAGCAGCAGUGGUUUAUUCGGCGUUGGAGCCAAAAACAACAUCUAUCUGAUAGAUGUUUCUGCAUCCUCAUGCAGGGUCACAGGUGAGCUCGUCGGCCAUAAAGACUUAGUGACAGGCUUUUCUUUCUGCCAGCAUGCCGGGCAGAGUCACAUCUGUGUCAGCUCCUCCAGCGAUGGGAGCAUUCGCUUCUGGGACUCAGACAACAAGGUGCUCAUUCGAGAGGAUGGAGUUCACCAGACUCCUGUUACCGCACUUCACUGGUCCCCUGUGGAUAAAAACCUGGUGGUUUCAGGUGAUGAGAAGGGCAUCGUGGUUUGUCACUGGUACAACACAGGAGACACUGCCAGCUUCUUCCCAGAGCCCCGGACCAUCUUCUGCCUCAGCUGCUCCCCGCACACCUGGAGCUCUGUGGCUGUGGGGUACAAAGAUGGGAUGAUCGUGCUGAUCGACGUGAGCAGGAAAGGCGAAGUGAUCCACCGCCUCCGUGGACACGAUGAUGCAAUCCACUCGCUGGCAUGGUCGUCGGUGGUUGGCGAGGAAGUCCUCUACAGCAGACCCGAGGACAGUGAAAGUAUCAUGGGUGUGUCUGCAGGAGAUGAGAAGGGCUGCUAUCUUGCGUCUGGCAGCAAAGACCAGACAGUGAGGGUCUGGAGCUCAGCGAAGGGAAAGGGUGUGAUGACUCUUAAGCUGCCAGUGGUGAAGAAAAGAGGCUCUGCGGUUGACCCCGGGGUCAAAGAGAGACUGUGGCUCCACGUCCACUGGCCGAAGGGACGGCCGACACAGCUGGUGUCCAGCUGCUUCAGUGGUGAGUUGGUGAUGUGGGAUUUGACCCGGGCGGGGAAGCAAAGGUGGACUCUGUUUGGGACUUCUUCAGAGGGUCAGAACCACAACAGGAUCGUCUUCAACAUGAGCUCAGUCUGCCUGCAGGACGACAGAGAGCUGCUCAUCAGCACCUCCAUGGACAGAGAGAUUAAGUGCUGGGAUCUGACCUCUCUGGACUGCCUCUGGACUUUACCCACCCUGGGAGGUUUCGUCUACGCUCUCACCUUCUCCCCUGUAGGCACAGGGUGUCUGGCGCUGGGUGUUGGAGACAACAUGAUCCGGGUUUGGAACACACUGACCACCCAGAACCAGUACGACACCCGCUCAUUCUGGCAGGGCAUCAAAUCUAAAGUCACAGCGCUGGCGUGGCACCCCAAAAAAGAAGGAUCGCUGGCUUUUGGCACAGAUGAUGGAAAAGUUGGGAUCUAUGACGUCUUCUCAAACAAGCCUCCUCACAUAUCGAGCUCCUAUCACCGGAAAACCGUGUACACGCUGGCCUGGGGACCCCCAGUCCCCCCGAUGUCAUUUGGUACAGCAGGAGGAAAACCGUCCUACAGUCUGUACAGCUGCGCAGGUGAAGGCGUCAUCCUGCAGCACGAUCCAACAAAGCUGAGCGGAGAGGCGAUGGACAUCGACAGGCUGAUCAGAGACACCAACAACAUCAAGCACAAGCUGUCUCCACACACCGACCUCAGCUGGAAGCCAGAUGGGAAAGUUGUCGCCGUCGGCAACGAGGAUGGGUGUAUCGACGUUUAUCAGGCUCCAAAUCUGAAGCUGCUGUGCAGCAUCCAGCAGCACCACAAGAUCAUCAACACGUUAAGAUGGCAUCACGAUCACAGCUCUUCUCAUGAGCUGCACUGCCUCCUGGCUUCAGGCUCCAGCAAUAACACCGUCUAUGUGCACGACCUACGCUCCAUCAUAGAGAAUCCUCCAGAGAGCCCCCUAGUGGUGACAGAACCAUUUCGCAGGCUGUGUGGUCACACAGCUAAAAUCACUGGCAUGGCCUGGAGUCCGCACCACGAUGCCCGACUGGUCACUGUCUCCUAUGACGGCACAGCUCAGGUGUGGGACGUGCUGCAGGAAGCACCUCUUUCUAACUACCGUGGUCACACUGGUUUUCUGCUGAGUGUGGACUGGUCUCCUGUUGAUCCAGAUGUGAUCUGGACUGGAGGGAAGGACUUCACUGUACAGGAGUGGAGAGUCUCCAAACAAGAGUUUACAAAGCCACCCAAAGGGAAGAAGAAUUCAGAAACAAAGGAGAAGAUGAAGGCAAAUUCCAGACAGAAGAAGAAGAACAAGAAGAUGUCGGAGAACGGAGGUUCUUCACCGCUGGACAUGAACGGGGAUUCACUUACAGGCGAACGGAAGGCAACAACUGGACCAGAGCUGUCUGGUGAGGAUGAGGAUGAUGAAGUCAGGUCAACCAGCAGCACCAUCACUGGUUCUGUUCCUUCACCAGCCUCUUUUGAGAUGCAAAGAAAAUCCUCCACUGCCAUGAAGACCAAAGACAAACCAGUUUUUGCAGACUCAAACUUGCUGAGGAAGAAGAAGCCUCGCUCAAUGCUGCCUGUCAGUACCUCAAUGGACCAUCGGCCCAAAGACGAUCUGCUGCAAGACUGUAUCACUUUGGCGUCAGUCCAACACAGCAAUGUGCCCCCUGCUGGCUGUGUUCCAGGCCAGGGAGAGCACAUCCAUCUGGGUCUGUUCUCUGACAGGCAGGCUCUGCACCGCAUGUUUGAAGCAGAGGAGGAGAGUCACGUGGAUGCGGGUCACUAUGACUCAGUCAUGUACCUGCGGCUGUGGAGUGGAGACCUGGAGGGGGCGCUGCAGCUCGCCACAGAGAAAGGAGAGCUGAAUGACCACUUGCUCUCUAUCGCUCCGAUGGCUGGGUUUCAGGUGUGGAGUCGGACAGUGGAGGCGUUCGUCAAGCAGCUGUGUCUGCAGGAGCAGUACUUGAAAGCAGCGUCUCACCUGCUGUCAAUCAACAAGCUGUACGAGGCCAUCAACCUGCUGCGCUCACACAAACUCUACAGGGAGGCUAUCGCUCUGGUCAAAGCCCGGCUGCCAGCAGAAGAACCCGUCCUGAAGGAGUUGUACACCAGCUGGGCCGCCAUUCUGGAGAAAGAUGGACAUUUCUCUGCAGCUGCUAAAUGCUAUCUUGCUGCUGGUGCCAGCUUUGACGCUGUUAAAGUCAUCUCCAGGAAGAACGACGUCUCCUCUCUGAGGACAGCCGCCACGUUAGCGAGGAUUUCAGGAGAACUGGCUCUGGCUCAAUCUCUGGCACUGAGGUGUGCUAAAGACCUGGCCGCAGAUCUGGACUGGGUUGGAGCCCAGGAGGUCCUCAGUGCACAGGAGACACUGCUGGUCCACAGGCUUCAUCUGUGUAUCGCUGAGCUGCUCACUGUGAGGCUCGCAGACUCUCCAGCUCUGUUUACUACUCCCUGCACUUCCAGUCACCCGUGGGCGUCACCAGGGGAGCAUCACAUCAGCCUCCAGGACCAAGUGAGAGAUGUGUGGGAGCAGCAGUUUGGUGUUUCAAAGGACUCAGUAGGAAAUCGAAGCGUCACAGCUCUCCUGCAGGAGCUGAAAUCUGUGGAGAGUCCAACACUGACAGUGAACAUUCCUCUCAGACAGAUUCAGCUGUAUUCGUCCCUCCAUCUGACCCGAGCCAUGCUGAGCUGGUUAUUAGAUGAUGACGGACAGCUGAUAAAGGAGCUGUGGCUGGCAGUGGCCUGGUUCAGAGACACCCUACCCUUCUGGGUUUCUGCAGAGCUCUGCAGGCUGCUGUUUCCUGGCGGAGAUGUCAGCAUUUUCUCAAGGAAACACUCCAAAACUCUUCAUCUGACAGAAGAAGAAGAAAAAGCUGCAGCUAACAGUCUGCAGGCGUUUGUCAGUUACCACCGCCUUUAUGAACACUGGUGGAAAAACUCCACCCACAUCCAGCAGAACGGCGUUCCACUGUCAGCAGAUGUCUGUCCCGGAGAUGAGGCGGAGGACAGAGUGAUGAACGGAGGAGUCCCAGACUCAGCGGAGGGAGAGGGUGUCUUUGAUAAACUGGACUUUGACGUGUCUGUGCUUCUGUCAGAGCCUCACGCUGUCUGUCAGGCCGCUCAGAGGUCAGUGAGAGAGAUCCAGGGGAGGCUGUCGGCCAUGGUGCUGCAGCACAGCAGAGCUCAGGGUGGACAGAUCCUGUGUGAGGAGGAGGAGGCUGAAGCACCUUCACAGAUCAACACCACAGAGGACACGACAGACAGACAGGGGUCUGCUGAUACUGGUCAACGGUCUGAUGAUCAGGACGAUCUGCUUUCUUUAUCAACAAAGAUGUCACAACACCAGAAACAGCUGACUGAGCUGCCUGACACAAUCAAGAUGUAUCCUCGCCCAGACGUGAUCGAAUGUUGCCUUGUCCUCAUUCACCUCGGCCAGUCCUCGCCGUCCGUCUCUGAGUCCCUCCAACAAGAGGCCAGAGAUCUUAUCCACAAACACGGGACAGACCUAAAAGCCUCUCGGCGCUUCCUUACCUGAAUAUUUAUCCUUUAUAGUGAAAAAGCAGCACUUACACUGUACAGAUUUUUGUUAAAUGAAUAAAACUUUUGUUUUUGAAAGUA